AUGUGUGUGUCAAAUAGUCAAGUCUUCUCCUCCUCCUCCUCCUCCUACAACGUUGCCACCUAUUCACUGAUACGCCAUCAAACCGAAACGUCAAGUUCAGUGUGCACAUGUGAUCACUACAGAUGCUCCGAGAAGUGGUACAAAGAGCCCAUCUGUGGUGAUGAUGGUGUCACCUAUCCGGGCGACUGUUUUCUCAAACAAGCUGCCUGUAUUCAACAAUCUCCCAAGCACAAACUUCACAGUGGUUCCUGCAAAACAUCCAAUCAAGAUGAUCGGUGUUUUCGGUAUCGGUUUCCUCUGGGCAGUGGGGUGAAUAAUCCCUGUCAAGGGUACACUUGUCCAUUCAAUGCUUGGUGCAUACCCUCGGACGAUUUCACCUCGCCUCGAUGUGUUUGUCAUCAGACGUGCUAUGAUUUGGGGGAUUCGGAUGAGUCUGUUCCAGUUUGUGGGUCCAAUGGUGUAAAUUACAAGAAUGUGUGCCAUCUUAAGCGAGAAGCAUGCUCUCUCAAGGUUAAUAUUUCCGUAAAGUAUUGGGGCCGUUGUGAUCCAUGUGAUACAGUUAAUUGUCCAGUGGAUUCGGUGUGUCGAUUGGAUGAACGACGACUUCCAAGUUGUCGUUGUGGUGAGGAGGAGUGUGAUGCCUCAAUGAAUCGACCGGUGUGUGCCAAUGAUGGUAGAACGUACGCCAGUAUUUGCACUAUGCGACAGCAAGCCUGUCUAAGAGAUCAACAACUUCGAAUUCUAUUCGAUGACAACUGUGCAGCUGGUAUGAAUCCGUGCUUGGAGCAGGGUUGUCCAUGGCCUGGAGAGGAGUGCAGAGUGGACAUUCAAGGCAGAAAGACGUGUAUCUGUCCAGAUCGGUGUCCACCUAUUGUUGUGCCUGUCUGUGGUUCAGAUGGCAUCACCUAUGACAGUGUUUGUCACCUUCUACGAACAGCUUGUCUCAAAAAGAAGCAUAUUUGGGUUGUUUAUGCUGGACAGUGCGUCCUUCUAGGAAACGUGUGUGAAAGACAGGGACUUUAUUGUCGGCGUUAUGAAAUAUGCAGCCAGGAGAGCAGUCAAGUGAAUCAUGACAUGUCUCUUGCCUACGUUCCUCCAUCUCCCAAGUGCACCUGUCCCAUCUGUCCCGAGAGUGGUUUGGGUGGCAAGGUCUGUGGAAGUGAUGGACGAACCUAUCGAAGUGAAUGUCACCUACGAGCCGCUGCUUGUCAGACUGCCUCUUCUGACCUCGAAAUUCGACAACGUGGUGCAUGCGAUGCCUGUCAGAAUAAGAAAUGUCAAUUCUACUCAAUGUGUCAAACUGACGAGGCUGGUCGAGCCUUCUGCGCUUGUCCCACCAACUGUCUGAUGGUUAAUAUGCCAGUUUGUGGAUCAGAUGGUCGAACCUACAGUAAUGAGUGUCUGUUGAAAGUUCACGCCUGUUCCAUCCAAAAGGAUGUCCGUGUAAUUGACACUAAACCAUGUGCCACUUGUGCCAAGCCUUGUCCGCUGGGAAUGCGAUGUUUGGGGGGACAGUGUGUGUGUCGUGAGAGCUGUCCCAAACCCAGUUUGGCAGGUGAAGUGUGUGGCACUGAUGGUCGUAUGUAUCCCAGUGCCUGUGAACUGCGACGACAGGCGUGUAUCAAUAAGGUGACAGUGAAAAUUGACGGCUCUGGACUGGCUUGUCGCAAACCCACAUUAUUCAAUACCAACACCUCCACCUCCAUUGACAUACAAGCAGAUGAGGUGAUUGAAAAUGCUUGCGGAUGCAACAAGGUGGGAUCACGUGACCAAUUCUGCGACAGCAAAGGUCGUUGUCGAUGCCAUUGGGGUGUUGAAGGCACCAAAUGUGAUCAAUGCGCGUCGGGCUAUUGGGGCAUUUCAAAUGGCAAACCGUGUGUCAGCUGCUCCUGCAAUCCCUUCGGUUCCAUCAGUGUGACCACGUGUGAUGCCGAUUCGGGUCAGUGUAAAUGCAAACCAGGCAUUCGUGGACAGCAGUGUGACAUCUGCCCCGAUGGGCAACCACUAACAGGAGAGCAUUGCAAUGAACCGCUGUCAAAGGUGGUCGAAGGGAAGGCAAAAAUGCCCAACUCAGAUGGGGAGGCAUUGGUGUGGGGCAUUAAUUUGACACCAUUGUCCACAGCAUUUAUACCCUUCAGCCAGUCUGUAGCGCCUCCAUUUACAGUCACUCUCAAUGUCACACCUUCUAUCAGCGUUUCCGAGGGUGAUGUUGCCCUCCUUGUGCUUCAACGUAACAACCAAGUCAGUCAGUACAGCUUCCUCAAGAUAGGUCUUUCAUCAUCUGCCAACUUGGAAGUGAGCUAUGUGAGUAAACUGGGAACGGGAAAAAUGCGCUACAUUGUGACUAAGGAAAGACUGGAAGCGCUUCCAAUGACAGUUUCUGCAGAAGUGACAAAGGAUGAAGACUUGCGUCUUUAUGUAGCCAGUUUGACCACUUUCAGUGCUGUGGAAGGCGCUAGUUCACGACUCAUUCGACCUGAUGAAUAUGCUGCAAUGCUUGACAAUCGUGGUAUGGGACUGGUGCUUGGAUGCCUUUCACCGAAUGGAGCCUUGGGACGGAGGUGUGGAUUCUCCGGUUGCCUAACUGGUGUUGAGUUGCUUUACUUUCCAAGUGAUGGACAAAUGGAGGAGAGGCAUGUCUUUGUGCGAAAUGGAAAAGCAAGUGGAUUGGAAUGGAAGCAUCCACCAAGCGAUGGAAUUGAAACGUGUGUUAGACAAGUGCCAAGUCUCGAGGUGGUGGCAAAGGUGCCACUCAAUUCACGGGCUCAAGUCAACUGUGGCUCCACCAAUCCUUGUCAAAAUGGCGGACAAUGCAUCGCAGUGGGAGAUGGAGGCUUCAAGAAGUGUGUCUGUCUGCCAGGAUGGCAGGGCAUUCAUUGUCAGUCAGAGGCAACGAUAAUUCCGGAGUUCAAUGGCAAGGCCUUCAUACGACUGGCUGGUCCGACGGGUGCUGAAUCGCUGAGGAAACGCAAAAUGAGUAUGGAGCUAAUCUUUUUACGAUUAUCAACUGACGAAGGCAUCAUGCUUGCAAUACCACCAAGUCAAACAGGAUCGGAGAUGAUUGUGAUACGAGCGGAGGCGGAUGAGUGUGUAAAGGUCUACCUCCGUGUGGGUCGCAUCAGUCAAUUCGCUCACACCUACUUCUACAACUGGCUUGUGCAACGCUUUGGACCACGUCAAAGACUGGCUAUUGCCAAAAUCUGCUCCGUGGCUAACAAUGAGUGGCACAAAUUGAGCAUUGACAAGACCAGCCUCUACAUGACCGUUGAAGUGGAUGGCAAAACAUCCACCACUUUGCGUCUUUUUGCCCUCUGCCUCCUCGCCACCAACUAG